AUGCAGACAUCAGACGAAGCUGAAGGUGUGUCGACUGCUCAGAGACCACUUGAGGUCGAAGAGAAGGAUGAGCAGAAAGAGAUUGUCGUGAGCUCUUCAACCGAGAAACCCCAGAGGUCUUUCCUCCUGGCAUGGAUGUACAUCUUCGACUGGUACCCCAGCCACUAUAGCAAAGAAGAGAAAAGGCUCUUGCGCAAGCUUGACUGCAUCCUACUAACAAUGUGCUGUUUAUGCUUCUACAUUAAAUGGCUCGACCAGAAUGCGCUCAACAGUGCGUAUGUUUCCGGCAUGAGGGAGGAAUUGAAGAUCAAGGGCAACCAGUACGUUUCAAAGCUCAUUUUGACGUUCUUUCUGACGCUUUCCAGGUACUCACUCUUCGGUACAUUCUAUAACAUUGGUUAUCUGAUCUUUGAAAUCCCAAGCAUGAUGAUAAUCUCGCGCCCGAAGCUUGCUCGUUACUACCUACCGCUGAUGGAGACACUCUGGUCUAUCCUGACCUUCUGCCAAAGCAAGCUCCAGAACGACAAGCAGAUAUUUGGUCUUCGCUUUCUACUAGGUGUUUUGGAGACACCCGCAUCCACUGGCAGCAUUUACCUUUUGACUUCCUGGUAUCGUGCCGAUGAGGUCUUCAAGCGUGCUGGUGUAUGGUACGUCUCGAGCAAUGCCGGCGCUAUGUUCAGCGGCUACUUGCAAGCGGCUGCGCACAAGAACCUGAAUGGAGUCAUGGGGCGCUCUGGAUGGCGAUGGCUCUUCAUCAUCGAUGGAAGCAUCAGCCUUCCAAUCGCACUACUCGGCUUCGUCAUGUUCCCAGGCCUUCCCAGCAGCCCAAAAGUCUGGUGGCUCACGGAAAAGGAACAGAAGCUGGCCAUCGCACGCAUGCGCAGCGAUGGCGUUAAGCAGUCCGCUAAAAUUGGAAAGCGCAUGCUCAAGCGUGUCUUCACGCACUGGCACUUCUAUCUCGCAGUCCUGACGUACGUGUGCUUUCAGGGCACUUCGUAUGUUGGUGGACAGAUGGCUAUCUGGCUGAAAUACGAAGCUGACAAGCACGGCACAUACACAAUCGAGGAAAUCAAUCUCAUUCCGACCGGCGUUCAAGGUGUUGCUAUCGUCACUGGCAUUUUAGCGACGAGUUUGGUCAUGAUUUACCCUAUGUGGAUCGUGUUCACGGUCGUUUCGCUGAUUCUGCUAUUUGCCAACGUGUGCUUGUUGGUCUGGGAAAUCCCGCUCGGUCUGCACUUCCUCUGCUACUAUCUCUUGGGCAUGACCUCGUGCAUCACGCCAAUCCUCUUCCCAUGGGUGAAUAUGAUGAUGAAAGACGACAACGAAGCACGCAGUUUCACCACCGGCGCUAUGAUGACCGUUGGAUGGGCUUUCUUCAGCUUCUAUCCCAUCACCACAUUCCCGAUUCUCGAAGGGCCGAAGUGGAGGAAGGGCUUUACGGUCAACACGGUGCUUGAGGGAAGUAGCGGCCGAAAGGUUCGAUGCGAUCUCUUCGAACAACGAGUACUGGACAAAGAGCCCGACUCUGUGCACGUGGAGAUCGCUGAUAAGGAGGCGAGGGUCUAG